CACGCGGCCGAAGCACCCGCCUCCUCCUCCUCCUCCUCUCUGCCUCUCUCUGCGCCCUCUGUCUCUCCCUCUCCCCGAAGCUCGCUCGCUCGCGGUCGCGGACACAGAAAGCGAGGGGCGAGGGGGGGUGGGAGAUCAGGAGGCUUUUGUUUGGUCGAGAGACCGCAAACUCCACCAAGGCCCAAUCACCGAGCCUCUUCCUUCUUUAAGCGCGCCCCCCUCCCCUCCCCUCCCGCGGUGGAGGCCGAAUCAUCUCCUCUCUGCCUCCCUCGACCCACUUCGGCAUCUGCCGGCCCCGGAUCGAUACCGCCGCCACCGCAUAAAUACCGCCUCCCCUGCCACUGCCACUCCCCCUCUCUUCUCUUCUCUUCUCCUCCGCUCCUCCCGUGGGUUUGCCUGACAACGGUGGGCGGAAUCUUGGUCGGCUGAGAGAGAGAGAGAGAGAGAGAGAGAGAGAGCGAGGGAGGGAGAUGAUGAAGCAGGAGUCGUGGAUGGAGGUGCUGCCGGUGCCGCCGGCGCCCUACUUCGCCGGCCAGGCGGGCGGCUGGUUCCUGCAGGACCAGCGGGGCCCCGGCGGCGUCGGCGGCGGGGCGUGGUCACCGGCGGAGAACAAGCAGUUCGAGGAGGCGCUCGCGCGGGUCGACGGGGACGCGCCGGACCGGUGGGAGCGGGUGGCGGCGCUGCUGCCCGGCAAGACGGUGGCCGACGUCAUGCGGCAGUACGACGACCUCGAGAACGACGUCUGCUUCAUCGAGGCCGGCCUCGUCCCCUUCCCCCACUACAACGCCAACGCCCCGGCCUCCGGGUUCACCCUCGACUGGGACGGCGGCGGCGACCUGGCGUUCAAGCGCUCCUGCUACAUGGCGGCGGGCGGCAACGGCAAGCGCGGGCGCGGCGCGGACCAGGAGCGCAAGAAGGGCGUGCCCUGGACGGAGGAGGAGCACAAGCUCUUCUUGAUGGGCCUGAAGAAGUACGGGCGCGGGGACUGGCGGAACAUCUCGCGCAACUACGUGACGAGCCGGACGCCGACGCAGGUGGCCAGCCACGCGCAGAAGUACUUCAUCCGGCUCAACUCCGGCGGCAAGGACAAGCGCCGCUCCAGCAUCCACGACAUCACCACCGUCAACAUUCCCGACGACGACCACGCCAGCAACACCAACCCCUCGCCCUCGCCGCCCUCCGCGCUCACCGCCACCUCCUCCGCCCCGGAGCAGUUCGGCGCGCUCGCCGACAGCAAGCCGCCGCCGCCUCUGGGCGGGCACCACCACUUCAUGCCGGCCCACCUCUACGGCAGCGUGAAGCUGGAGGCCAGCAAUAACGGCUACCACGGCGACUCUGCUCUGAUGCUGAUGCAUCAAUGCGGCCAGCUCCAGCCUCUCGGUUGACCACUGUUCCUUGGAGCAGCCGCAGCCCAGCCGCCGUCGGAGAAAGCUGCGUCGUCCUCGGGCGUGCACGAGGAAGGAGAGCCACCCAGCGUCGCACGUGCUCUUGGUCCCAGCCAGCCAGCAGAGAUCAUCCACGCAGGAGCACACUGGACGGACGGACGGACGGACGGAGAGGGAGCAUGAGAGCAGGAUGGAGACGGCAUUUCUUCCGCGUUUGGCCUCCGUGUACAUAACACCACGACCACGGUGAAAUAAUUAGCAAUAUUCCUCUCUAUUAUUUGCUACUCCCGAGCCAUGGGAAGCACACUAGCACAGGAGUACUGUAGUGCCGAGUUUUUCUUUUUUUUAUUUACUGUACUUUUGAUGUAUUUGGUCCGUUAUUAGUGUCAUGCAUGCAGUAGAGUACGUAUUUGGGUAGCAGCAUUUUACCGUAUGGUGUUGAUCUUUCGAUUUGGGUGUGUUAGCAUUGGUCACCCUCUCAUUGACCCCUGCUAUAUCAAUUAACAAUGAUGAACUCGAUGCCGAUUAUGAUUA